AUGUCCAGACUCCCACGUUUGUUAAUUCCUCAACAAUUACCAACCCAUUUUCUCAGAAUAUUGCGUGAAAAGUUUGAAUGUGAUUAUCAUGAUAACUCUCAGCCAAUGCAACGAGACGAAUUACUCAAGCAAGUUGAAAAAAAUAGUCCGAAUGCUAUCCUGUUCACUUUAACAACUCAGGUUGAUAAAGAAAUCUUAGACAGAUGUGGAACAAAUUUAAAAGCAUUAGCCACAAUUUCGGUUGGAUAUGAUCAUGUUGAUAUUGCUGAAUGCAAAAAACGAAAUAUUCCUGUAGGAUACACACCAGGCGUUUUAACAGAUUCAACAGCGGAUUUAACUAUAGGAUUACUGAUAGCUACGGCAAGAAGAUUUGAAGAAUCUAUACAAUCGGUUCGCCACGGUCAGUGGGGUCUGUGGCAACUCAUGAAUAUGUGUGGAAAAUCUAUAACAGACUCAACCGUCGGAAUUGUGGGACUUGGACGAAUAGGAAUGGCGGUUGCUCGCCGUCUGAUACCAUUUGGUGUGAAGGAAAUACUGUAUACUGGAAACAGUGAGAAAACAUUUAAAGAAGAAGCGGAUAAACGAUUAUUUUCAUACGUUAAAUUUUUCGAUUUAUUAUCUCAGUCUGAUUUUGUUAUUAUCACAUGUGCGUUAAAUGAGAAAACUAAAAAUUUAUUUGAUAUUGAAGCGUUUAAAGCAAUGAAAUCAGAUUCAAUUCUAAUAAAUACUUCCCGAGGACCAGUUGUUGACCAAGAUGCUCUUUACGAAGCAUUAUCCAAUGGUCAAAUACAAGCGGCUGGCCUCGAUGUUACUGUGCCAGAGCCUCUACCUCCAACACAUAAACUAUUAACGCUGAAAAAUUGUCUUAUUCUCCCACAUAUUGGAAGUGCUGAUGUAACAACACGAAUGAAAAUGGCUCAAAUAAGUGUCGAUAAUUUAUGCAAUUAUUUCGAGGAUUCAUUUACGUUCCAUGAGAAAAAAACGCAUGGUGUUUUUAAAUAUGUAAAUGGACAUUGUUUUGACGUUGGUUAUCGUUAUUCUGAUUUAAAAUAUUUGGGUGAUGGUGCAUUUGGUAAAGUUGCUUCUGCCUAUGAUAAUGUGACAGGUGAAAAUGUUGCAAUUAAAAAAAUUCAAUUACCAUAUGCUAAUCGAUUGUAUUGGACACGAACAAUUCGUGAAUUAUGUAUUCUUCAUGCAAUAAAACACGAUAAUGUGGUGCGACUGUUAGAUUGCUUCACAAAUGCAAAUUGUGCAGAAAACAUCGAAGAAGUUUAUUUUGUAUUUAAUCUAAUGGAUAUGGAUUUACAUGAAAUAAUAAGAAAACAUCGAAAUGAAGGCGAUACAUUAACAUCAGAACAUGUUCAAUUUUUAAUGUAUCAACUCGUUAGAGGAUUGAAAUUUAUUCAUUCAGCAAAUAUAAUGCAUAGGGAUUUAAAGCCUUCAAAUAUAUUUGUUACAAAAGAAUGUGAUUUGAGGUUAGGUGAUUUUGGUCUUGCAAGAAUACCAGAAGCAGAUGGAGGACAAAUGACGGAAUAUGUUACAACUCGUUGGUAUCGGGCUCCAGAGUUGAUGCUUGCUAGUGGCUAUUAUGAUAAGAGUGCUGAUAUAUGGAGUGCUGGUUGCAUAUUCGGCGAAUUAUUACGUGGACAACCACUAUUUCCCGGUACCCAUUAUGCAAAUCAACUGGAUUUGAUAUUUGACUGUAUCGGUUAUCCAAAAGAUCCACAACAAGAUCUGCAAUGGUUACCCGAAAAGGCAAAAAAUUAUGUUGUUAAACGUUAUCAGAAAUGUAAAACAUCAUUAACUGAAACAUUUAGUUUCAAAAAUUCAGCAUCAUCGAUUAAUAAACUAACAACAAUGGAAUCAUUAGCGUUGGAUUUAUUAGAAAAAAUGUUACAAUUUUCACCAUCGAAACGAAUAACAGCUGCUACUGCUAUUAGCCGUAUAUAUCAAAACUAA